AUGACCUCACGGUACAACCCAGAGAACUCAGAACCCAUGGGAAUUGUUGUGACAGCGGCCACAAAGUGUUCGACCACUGCAGCGCCGGUAUCCUCUUUGUUGCCACCUUUUCCACUUGAAGAGGAGGCCUCGGUUCUCUGGGACUUCGUGACGGUUCUCUUUGUCUUUUAUGACAUGAUCACCUUGCCGCUGCAGGUCUUCAACUUCCAGAGUGACGUGCUCGCAACUGGAGACCUCUUGGUGGCCAUUGUCUGGACGGUUGAUAUGGCUCUGUCCUUCCUACGUGGCGUCACUGACCGUGGAGCCGUGGAUAUGCGUCCCACAUAUGUGGCAACAAAAUAUCUGAGGAGCUGGUUCCUGGUGGAUUUGUUUGUGGUGGUCACCGAUUGGACCCUGCUUCUGUCUGGUGGCUUGGAUGAUAUGGAGGUCUUGCGGGUGCUCAGGGGCCGGAUCUUUCUUCGUUUGCUACGAGUGGUGCGCCUGGUGCGUUUGAUCAAGGUCGCAGACCGGUCCUCCAUCAUCCGGCUGAAGGAAGCCAUCCUGAACGACCACAACAAGGCCGUUAGCAGCGUUUUGCAGCUGCUCUUCGUGGUGAUAAUGAUCAACCACUAUGUAGGUUGUGGCUGGUUCGCUGUGGGACAGGUGGAAGGCUUUGAGAAGAGCUGGGUCUCUGAACACUUCAACGAGGGAGACCAACAUGUCCUCUCUCAGUACUUGACCAGCGUCCACUGGGCCGUUAUUCAGUUCACUCCUGCAGCCAUGGAGGUCAUGCCGGUGAACUCCGCUGAGCGCAUGUAUGCCAUCGUGGUGAUCUUUUCGGGCUUAGUGAUGUUCUCAUCCUUCGUGAGCAGCAUGACCAGCGCCAUGAACCUCAUUAACAAGCUGAACUUCGAGCAACGCCAGAAGAGCACCGCGCUGCGGCAGUACAUCACGGAGAACCGCGUCUCCUUGGAGCUGCUCUUCUGCAUCCAGAACUACCAGAGGUACACCCGAGCAUUGGAGCGCAAGAAACUGCACGAAAGUGAUGUGGCUGCCUUCAAGAAUCUCCCAGAGGACUUGUUACAGCGGCUUCACUCAGAGGUCUAUGGUCCGGUGAUAGCUACACACCCGCUGUUUGGGCAUUUGCAAGGGAACGAGGAUUCGACCAUCAAUGGCAUUUGCCAUUUAGCCAUGUCUGAAUGCAGCUUAGUCAUUGGCGAGGAGCUUUUCCGCUAUGGAGUCACAGGUGCCAAGAUGUACUUCAUCAACUCAGGCAAGUUGGCCUAUUUUUCGGGCUACAGCGAGAAGAUGCCGAAGUUGAUCUCAGCCGGGCGAUGGAUGUGUGAGCCUGUCUUGUGGUGCAAGUGGGAGCAUCGAGGCCGCCUCACGGUUGCCACGUCGCAAUAUCUACGUAUGGCCAUGGAGAGCCCGGAUCAAUCCAUGGGUUCCUUGAGAGGAGAAUUCAUGGCGUUGGAUGCAGCGGAGUUUCACGCCAUCAUUUUGCGAUCACGCAGUCUCAGCUCGAUGCAGUCCUAUGCGCGCGUCUUCACUGCCAUGGCCGUGCAGGACUGUGGUGGUGCAAAUGAAGUGGACGACCUGUGGGGAAGCUAUGAGCAAGUCUCAACCUGCCUGCGUAGGGCUUUCGGAUUUGGAGAAGAGGCUGAAGCAGCGAGCAGGUUCAAGAUGUUGAAACAUUGCUUUGCUACCUGGAAGCAGGCAGCAAGGGAGGAGCACGAGCGUCGCAAGAGGCGUAUUUCUGGGCGCACGUCGAUGCGUCGCUGGCUUCAUUUCUUCGCCCAUGCUUGCAUGCGUUGGCGUGACUCUACGAAGGUCUGA